CCUCUUUAAAUGCUGGGGGCUGAGCCCUCGCCGGGGCGUCCGCAGCCGGAUCCAGCCUCCCUCCCCUUGGCCGUGCCUCCCCGCCGCUUGUUGCACAGCACUGUGCCGGCAGCGCGGCGCACGGGCGCUGGAGCUGCGCGGGUCCGUGCCGGGGCCAUGAUCCAGCCACGCUGCGCGCCCACUCCUCUGCGCCUCCGCCGCGCCGCCCGAUCGCCUUGAGCCGCUCCCGCCGCCGCGCAGCUUUCCUCGCCGGCGGGCAUGGGGAACCAGGUGGAGAAGCUGACCCAUCUGAACUAUAAGGAAGUUCCGACAGCCGACCCCGCGGGUAUGGACAGAGAUGAAGGGCCCAGGAUCGGGGUCUCCUACAUCUUUUCGAAUGAUGAUGAUGAGCUGGAGCAGCAGCAGGAUUCAGUGCAUGACCUGGGGGGUGAGCACCCGGCCCUGCAGCCCUACGAUCCCCAGCUGCACGAGGUGGAGUGCUCAGUGUAUUACCGGGACGAGUGUAUUUACCAGAAGAGCUUUUCUGAGGAGGACAUGCUUCCAGAGGAGGGUGAUGAAGGAGGUGGGGGCCAUCUGAGCACCUACACCCCAGAAAACCUGCUGAAUAGGUGCAAACCGGGUGACCUGGUGGAGUUUGUGUGCCAGGCCCAGUAUCCACACUGGGUGGUCUACGUCGGGGAUUUUCAAGUUGUGCACCUUCAUAGGCUGGAGGUGGUGAACAGCUUCCUCACGGAUGCCAGCCAGGGCAGGCGGGGCCGCAUUGCCAACCAGCUGUACCGCUACAAACCCCUCAGCCCUGCCGUGGUGGUGCGCAACGCCCUGGAGCAGGUGGGUUGCAAGGACCGGGACUUGAGCUGGAGAAACUCUGAGUGUUUUGCUGCCUGGUGCCGGUACGGCAAGCGGGAGUUUAAAAUCGGCGGGGAGCUGCGCAUAGGCAAGCAGCCCUACCGACUGCAGAUCCGGCUGGGUGACAAGCGCAGCCACACGCUGGAGUUUCAGAGCCUGGAGGAUCUGAUUAUGGAGAAGAGAAGAAAUGACCAGAUUGGUAGGGCUGCUGUGAUCCAGGAACUCUCCAGCCACCUUCAGGCUGCAGAGGAGGAGGAAGAGGAGGAGGAAGACCAUCACCAUCCAGGUGCUCGGACUGCUGUAGAGUAGCAGCCUCAGCACCACCACACCACUUAACCUGGGUGAUGGGGAUUAAAACUGAAGGCUGCGAAAUUGAGCUGUUAUAAGCCCUUUGGGCUGCUUCAGUGCAGCUUCAUUCCAAUCACAUGUGAAAGGAAGGGGGAAAGCUGAUUAAGUGUCUGUGCUUUAGUGCUUAACUCCUUCAGUGCUUGAUAAAAACAACUGACUUAUUUGUAGAGGAUAAAACUCAGGGCAAUUCUACCCCUCUCCACUCCCAUCUCUUUCUGUUCCUUUCUGCCUUCUGUGUGCAUAAGCCUUUCCCCCAACCAUCUGCAGUAGGCCUGCUAAUACUAAAUGCCUUUGACAUCUACUUAUCAGCAGAAGUUAAUAGUAUUAAAUACUCUUAAGGAGCCAACAAUUUUCAGGACAUGGCCAUGAAGCUCUGAGGGCAUGAUUAGUUUGGUAGCUGAGAAGCAUGAGGAUAUUUUCCUUUCUCUUCCCCUGUUUCUCUCAAUUGUGGCUCUUGUUGGUACUGCACUGAACUGCUUGCUUGCCUGGUGUAAGGCUACAAUGGGUUGGUAGCCAGCCCUCCAGAAGGUGUUAGGGAGAAAUCUGCACUAAUUUUAAUGAAAUGGAUUUGGUGUGUCUGGCGCCUUCUUAAUUGAUAGAAACAUGCAGACAGGCUGGGGAAGCUUCUCCUUUGCUAUCAGUGUGUGGCUUUGAAGACAGAAAAGGCAUUUAUUUCUGACCAGUCCCAGGGGAGGAGGAAGUUUGCAAUCCUGAGUAAGGAGUCUGCGCAUUGGUGUGUGCUGGGACUUCAGGCAGAGCUGUGCUGGUGCUUGUUACAGGCUGCCUGGCUUUCCCUAAAGCAAAUGGCAGAGCUCCCAAUUACAUCUGUGGUACAAGGCAGUAGAAGCAGGUUGCUCAUGUGCAAGAGUAUGUCUUAAGUAAGCUGUUCCUCGAGAGGGUGGCUUCUUGGCGUGGUGCUCCUGACCGUAAGCAUGUUACAAGUUUUGCACCUCAGUAAAUACAGCUUUUAUAGGAAGUGAUGGGAGAGAGCACAGGCUGGGAAGCAUUACAGGCAGGGGGUUGGUUGUUCCUUUUUUCCUUCCUUAUUGCAAAGCAAUUUCCUCUUCAUUAGGAAUUUCAUAUUUCCUUAUGUGCUAUUUUUUAUGGUAUGCAGCUGAGCUAUAGCAUUAGGAAAAAAGGAGAGGAUGUGCAAAGUUGUUGUGGAAGUCCCUCUUUAAACAAGAGGGGAGGGCAAAUGCAGUGCUGCCUUCCUUGAAUAUUGCCUGAACUUGUUUUUUUAGCUGUUGAUCUGGGCUCCCACAGAGGCAGCACUGUUAGAUCUUUGUCCUGGGGUCUAAAGUGUGUGAGCUAACACUGGUUUUGAGACAGCUGCUAGUGCAAAAUUCUUUCCCUUUAAAGCACAACAAUGACGUAAAUUUGAAGAUAAGCUUGAGUUCAUUUAAAUAAUGGAAACUAACAGUGUGAUGUAAACUUGAAGCUUAGUUAUUACUGUCUUCCCUGCAAUUGUUUACAGUUAUAACACAAAUAACAAAGUACUUUGCAUCCUUUCUGCUCCUGAGAAGGGAGCAAAGUUUGUCACUUAAGAAUAAGUAAUACCAGCUUUUAAUUAGUUAAGACUACAUAUAGCAACUUUGCCAAUAUGAUGCAAAUAGAUUGUGGUGGUGUGGUUUCUGCCUAAAAUACACAAGCUAGAAGACUGUGAAAGACUACUUCAUCCUCACUUCAGGAGGAGAAACAACUUUUAGAGUUCUGCAAUAAACCAUAUUUUUUUCCUUAAUUACUCCCAUGCUCUCAUUUUGGGCUGUAAAAGACCCAGAUCCACAGGAGAUUUUAACACCAAGCUCCCUUGGAAUGCUAUAGCUCAGGUGUCUGCUCUAAAUUGUUCUGUUUCUCUGAUAUGCAAUUGAGUUAUACUCAAGUUACUGUGUUUGUCAUGCAGCUGUGCAACUUCACUUCGAGAGCAUAAUAACUAUCCAUAUCUAACCAUGCUAGGGUUAAUAUGUGGAUGUCUGCACACAGGUUUUAUACACCUAUUAACCACUAAGAGCUGAGAUUACUGCUGAAAUAGCUGGAGAAAGAGUGAAGGAGUUUUUUUGUUGCACCUAUUUUUCUGUCUCUUGCAUCAGUUGAUACGAGACAACUGAGAUUAUUUAGACCAUGAGUCCGUGUCUGGCUGUGGUUUCUUUCAUACUGAAACCUUGUACAUAACAAAAUCUAUUUCACUGUGUAAUAUAGGUAUGUAAAAUAAUAUUUUCUUACAGAUAUUUUUGAAAGUUAAAAAAUAAUAAUCCCUUCAUAACCUUGCAUUUGAAAGUAAAGUUAUGCACAUUAUUUUCCAGUCCUCUGAAUGGGUUUAUUUUUCAUUAGUGAUCUAAAGUAUAUUCUAGGUCAUAAAGUAUAGAAACUGCUAUAAAUGUCAAAUAUUAUGUAUCUACAGGGUACUAAACAGUAAACUAGUUGAGAAAAUAUUUUUCCCUUGUGUCUGAAAUAUCAGAACUAUGACACUUAGCCAUUUCUCUCCUUUUUGAGAUACCUUGCAUAGUCUGGCUUUUUUUACUGGUUUGUUUUGUUUCUUUUUUUUUUUUUUCCUCUUUGCUUAAUAAAAAAAAAGGACCAACUCUUCUUGAGAAUGGAGAGCAAAGCUCCUUUGACCAACUUAAAUUGUAUCUUGUGCUGAUCUUGGUGCUCCUCUGUACCAGUCAUGCCUUACAGGAUAAAUUCCCACACAGGCAAAGGGCCUUAGAAAAUAAUCCCAGGGCUUGCACUGCCUUGCUAGGACAGAGAGAAAGCAAAGUAGACUCUGGUGUACAUUCUGCUGUGCUAUAGAUCUAUAUGCUCCUAUGCUCCUCUGACACCUGGGAUACAGGUGUUCAGUAUGCAAAGCCUAGGUAUUUGGAAUCUUUAAAUUUCUCUGCAAGCUAUGGGCAUUUAUUCUUUCUCCUGGUAUUCCAUUCUGUGUAAAAGUAGAAGAGGGAAAGCUUGGAAAUUUGUUUGUUUGUUUGUUUAAAUUUAGUCUGGAAGAGGGUUACCUCCAUACAGGGCUUCUGUAUUCCAGCACGUAAAGACACAACUGUUGAAUCUUUAACAGCUGGGUCCUUUUUCCCUACUUGUUCAUUAGGCAGUGUUAUUUAAUAGGUGCUACUAAAUACCACUGCAAACAUUUCUAAGCAGUCUGGUUUUACGGCCGUGGACCUGUAAUGAGCUGAAUGUGAGAACAGGAGUUGCUGUGGAAGCACACCACAAUUGCUUAGUUUCUUGUCUUUGCUGCACUUUUACUCAGUUACUGUCUGCAGAAUAGGCUGGAAUUUCUAGAGCUUGAUUCUGAAGAAAAAGAUCUACCAGGAAAACAGACUUUUUUGUGUGGAGUACAAAAGAGGGGGAAAGAACAGAUAUGUGUUCUCUGCAGCUUCUUUAGCAUACAGAAAUUUAGGUGUGAUCCUUCUGCAGGAUCUCUGAUUCAGCAAAGGCCCUAAGCCUACACUAAGGUCUGAAGUCGUGAGUAGACCCUACCUUGAGCCACUUGAAAAUCAGCAAGACUAUUCAUGUGCUUGAAAUAAACCGUAUAUUUACAUUUCUUUGUGAAUAAGGGCCUGGAAUUUCAAUCUGAGGUCUCUGGUGGGAGUGUGGAGAAUCUGAGGUUGCGUAAUCACUGGGAGAGAACAAGUAGUGCUGUGAAAGCUGUUUCUCAAAGGGCUUCUUGUCCAAACAAGGCUUGUGGAAUCUAGCCUAAACUUUGGCCUCAGUUUCCCCCUGGAAAUCCAGGAGCUGCACUGAUUUGGUGAGAGGUGUGUUACACAGCAGUUAUAAACUAAGCAGAUAAUUAUGCUGCAGACUGUUCUGUGGAAUCUCUUUCUGUCUUGCCAUGCUUGAACUUCCCCUUGUGCUUUCAACAGUCAAAGUUAAUUUGUUUUAAAAGCCCUUUGAUAAUGCAAACACUUAAUCAUCUGUAUGAAUUUACCAAUUUGUGCAUCCAUACUGCUCCUGAUAGGAUGACUGCUGUGAAUAUCAUUAUGCACGUCUUAAGGCUGACAAGGCUGAGCCCCAAAUGUGUAAUUGUGGCUCUAGAUAGGAAAGGUAGAUGAGCAGUUGCAUUUCUCUGGAGUAUUGGUGUAUUCAAUGCAAAUAAUGUCUUGGAGAAGGCUUUAUAGUAGAACUUACAAUUAUCCCUUAAUUGAGUAAUUUUAAAAACAAAAUUUAGACAUUUGCCUUCUAUGGCAGUGAAGAAGGACUUAAACUCAAGACUAUUUCAAGUUAUCCCAUAUUUUGUCUUCAUACAGAAUACUGAAUACAGCAAAUCUCUAGAGCUCACCUGGCCAGUAUGGUAGGCAGGGAAACUAUCCAGAAACUACUUCAAAAUUUUGUAUUUUCUUACUUCAAAAAAACCAUUCUUCAGACUGAAGGACUCUCGAUUUUGGAAGUAAACUUUCAAUUGUUUUGUAUAAAUGAAACCCUAAGGAAAUUUCUGAAGUUUUGCUCAUUUAAGUUCAAUAUUCCACUCUCAGUACUAAAAUAGGUAAUAUUAUGUGACAUGUCUGUUUCAGAUUUUGAAUGUAAUGGUGGUUUUCGUUUUGUCUUCUCCUUUGGUUAAGUUUUACCAAAGGUCUGUCCUUGGGUGUGUGAAGUGUGUUGUGGAGUGGUUUCACACCUGUGCUUUUCUGAUAAUUAACAGCACCAACCAUAAUUCUAAAAACCAUAAUUCUAACAGCCAUGUAGGAACAAAUAUUUUUUCAAAAGCAAAAUUUUAAUUUUAUAUAAGAGAUCAUAGACUAGUAACUGAGUAGAGGUAUGAAAUACAUUGUUUCCAACAGCAGUUUCUAUUUGUAAGAAAUCUUCUGUUAAUUGAGUAUGUGUUGACUACUCUUAUAAAUCAAUGUGCAGUGAUACAGCCAGGUGUAUUGUAUAAUGGGCUUAGACUUUCAGAUUAGAUUUCUUCAAAACUGUGGAUAGGAAAAAAUCAGAGUGAGUUCACACACUGGUGGCUUAGAUGGUUCUUUUAAUAUUGAAUUAAAGCUUUCUUUAAAUACACGCUUAAUUCCUGACAUUGUAACACUUCAUGGAAUCAUCCACAAUUACAACUGUAAUCACAAAAUAUGAUUUUAUUUUUUUCCCCACCAUGAGCGUUUUCUGUAAGCUGUUUUGUUAGUAAAUGUUGAAUUGUUAGUGCAAAUAUCUUCUUUUCCUGAGAAAGAAGUACAGAUCAUCAAUUGUACCAUUUCCUUCAAAAUGAAGGGCAUUGCAUAGUAACUACAAAGAAAUAAAAGAUUUAUAGUAUCUUUUA